GUGCCCUUAGUGUAGAUAAUCAAGCGCACCGACCGGCAAAUCGAAAGUUUUGGAAGAAAUUAGCAAAAUUGCAUCCUUAUUUGCUUCUCGAUUGAGACUUUCAUUUAAAUUGUUACAAAUACAAUAUCCUUUCGCUUCUGUAUUUGCAAAAAUGCCACCAAAAAAGAAGGUAAAGACCUCUAAAUCACCAGAAAAGUCUGAAGAAAAAAGUGCAGAACAGACAGCUGUAGCUCAAAGUCCAAAGAAGAGGGGCAAGAAGGCAGAAAAAGAAACUGCAGAUGGAGAACCAACCUCUAAAUCACCAGAAAAGUCUGAGGACCAAAGUGCAGAACAGACAGCUGUAGCUCAAAGUCCAAAGAAGAGGGGCAAGAAGGCAGAAAAAGAAGCUGCAGAUGGAGAACCACCUGCAAAGAAGUCGAAGUCUGCAAAGGCAGAGGAAAAGACAAAACUACGUAAAGAGUCGUCCUUGACUAAGGGAAUGGAUUUCUCGCACGAUUGCCAGACAACGGAUGGACGAAAACCAAACUGGAAGAUUGCCUCAUGGAAUAUCAACGGAAUCAGAGCUUGGAUGGAUAAAGGAGGUCUGUCGUACAUCACAGAUGAGAAACCAGAUAUCCUGUGUGUCCAGGAGACCAAAUGUGCUCAGGAAGAUCUUCCAGCCGAUGUCAAAGUCGACGGUUACCAUGACUACUGGUCCUCUGCUGAACAGGCUGGCUAUGCUGGCACAGGCAUAUACAGCAAAACUAAACCCAUUAAUGUCACUUAUGGACUAGGUAUUAAGAAGCAUGAUUCAGAAGGUAGAGUGAUCACAGCGGAGUAUGACAAGUUCUUCCUCGUUACUGCUUAUGUGCCAAACUCAGGACGCGGUUUACCUCGGUUACCAUACAGAAGUAAAGAAUGGGACGUAGACUUUAGAGAGUACCUCAACAACCUCAACAAAACCAAACCAGUCAUAAUGUGUGGUGACCUCAAUGUUGCUCAUUUAGAAAUAGAUUUGGCAAACCCAAAGACCAAUAAAAAGACAGCAGGUUUUACAGCUGAGGAGAGGCAGGGAUUUACCGAUCUGUUAGCGGAGGGAUACAUCGACUCAUACAGGGAGCUGUACCCAGAAACUGAAGGGGCUUACUCCUUCUGGACCUACAUGGGAAAUGCUAGGGCCAAAAAUGUUGGAUGGAGACUUGACUACUUUGUGUUAUCAGAGAGGUUGAAGGAAGAUCUGUGUGACAAUGUAAUCCGUAAAGACGUUAUGGGAAGUGACCACUGUCCAAUAGUUCUCUAUAUGGCCUUGAAAUAAUA